AUGGCACCGCAACUUGAGCCUUUUUUCAAGCAGGUCGAUGAUCUGUCCGGAUCUUUUAUUGACCGUCUGCGAAAGGCCGUCGCUAUUCCUUCUAUUUCUGCUCAGGAUGAAAAUAGGAAGGAUGUCUUCAGGAUGGCCCAGUUUCUUGCUUCUGAGCUUGAAGCUUUGGGAGCCGAAGUUGAGCAGAGACCCCUAGGGAAACAACCCGGAAAGGAGCACCUUGACCUACCCCCAGUCGUGAUUGCUCGGUAUGGUAAUGACAAGAGUAAGCGAACAAUCUUAGUUUACGGUCAUUAUGAUGUCCAGCCUGCUCUGAAGGAAGAUGGCUGGGCAACAGAGCCUUUCCAGUUGACAGUCGAUAGCCAAGGAAGGAUGUACGGGCGUGGAAGUACAGAUGAUAAAGGCCCAGUUCUGGGAUGGCUGAAUGUGAUUGAGGCUCAUAAGAAAGCUGGGGUUGAGUUUCCAGUUAAUCUUCUCUGCUGCUUCGAAGGGAUGGAAGAAUACGGCUCGGAAGGUCUGGAAGAGUUCAUCCAAGCCGAAAGCAAAAGGUUUUUUAAGGAUACAGAUGCUGUGUGUAUCUCAGACAACUACUGGCUUGGAACCGAAAAGCCUUGCUUGACCUAUGGGUUACGGGGCUGUAAUUAUUACUCCUUGAGCAUCUCGGGCCCUGCCCAGGACUUACACAGCGGGGUCUUUGGUGGCUCCGCCCACGAGCCAAUGACUGACCUGGUCAAUAUCCUUUCUCGGCUUGUUGAUUCUCAGGGCAACAUCCUAAUUCCUGGGAUCAUGGAUCUUGUUGCACCUCUCACAGAAGAAGAAAAUUCACUUUACGGCGGCAUCAGCUACACCAUGGAAAACCUCCACGAAUCGUUGGGCAGUGAAACCAGCAUCCAUGCUACCAAGGAAAGAACGCUUAUGGCUAGAUGGCGAUACCCAUCUCUGUCUAUCCAUGGUGUUGAAGGCGCAUACUCUGCUCCUGGAGCAAAAACAGUGAUUCCAGCCAAAGUUAUUGGCAAGUUCUCAAUCAGGACUGUUCCCAACAUGGAGAGUGAGGAUGUGAACAGGCUUGUCUUUGAUUAUAUCAAAUCGGAAUUUGCCAAAUUGAAUAGCAAAAAUACAUUGGACGUAUGGCUCCAGCAUGAUGGGAAGUGGUGGGUUGCCAGUCCCAAGCACUGGAACUUCACAGCUGCAAGCAAGGCAGUAAAGCAGGUUUUUGGGGUUGAACCAGAUAUGACCCGUGAAGGUGGCAGCAUUCCCGUCACACUGAGCUUUGAACAAGCAACGGGGAAGAAUGUCUUGCUUUUGCCCAUGGGAAGCUCUACCGAUGCCGCCCAUUCGGUCAAUGAAAAGCUCGACAAGAGGAAUUACAUUGAAGGGAUCAAGUUACUGGGCGCAUAUCUGCACUACGUUGCAGAAGAGCCUAUGAGCCUUUAA